GGAAGGAAGGACAAGGAGUGGGGGGGCGGGGUCUAGGUUAAUUGUUUGUUACAUGUAAGUCUCUCGUUAUCUCUCUCCUCCUCCGUCGACCUCCUCUGGCCGCUGUUUGGACACAGAAGAGACCAUAACCCUACCCUCCCAGUUCUCCGUCGCCGUCCAGACAUCGGCACACCCAAUUUCCGAUCGUCAGCUCUCUAUAGGGUUUAGAAUUUCUGUCUAUGAAAACAAUAUCUCCGUUCACAGAUCUUAGCCUUCCCCUUCCCCUUCUCACUUCCAGGUGAUACUGCCCCUGUGAAAUAAUCGCUACUUGUGCUGGUGGAGAAGAUAAGAGGGAUGGGAAGAAAUAGGGAUCUGUCGAGGUCGCCGUCGUACAGGCGGAGGUACUCGCGGUCGCCCUCUCCUGUGGGGCACAGGUAUAGCAGGAGAAGCCGAAGAGAUAGAAGCCGAUCUCCAUAUUCUUACAGCAGACGAAGAAGUCGUUCAAUUUCUGCCAGACAUCGCAAAACUCGUUCACCAACUCCAAGAAGACGCAAAAGUCGCUCUCCAACUCCAAGGCGUUAUAGGAGACAGAGAAGUAUUAGUACUUCCUUGUCUCCUAUAAGUAAUUCUCCCAGUCCAAGUAGUGGAUCAACAGAGCGCAAAAAUGCCAGUGAAAAACUGAGAAAAGAAGAGGAAGAGAAGAAAAGGCGUCAACAGGAGGCAGAAAUGAAACUUGUAGAAGAAGAAACUACAAAAAGAGUGGAAGAAGCAAUAGGGAAGAAAGUUGAAGAGAGCCUGAACUCUGAGGAUAUCAGGCUGGAUGUACAGAGGCGAUUGGAGGAAGGUCGAAAGAAACUUCUUGAUGAAGUUGCAGCUCAGCUUGAGAAAGAGAAGGAAGCUACACUUAUUGCCGCAAAACAAAGAGAGGAACAAGCACGGAAAGAGAAAGAAGAGCUGGAAAGAAUGCUUCAAGAAAACAGGAGGAAGGUGGAAGAAGCUCAGAGAAGGGAAGCUCACGAACAGCAAAGGAGGGAGGAAGAACGGUAUUGGGAACUGGAAGAGCUGCAAAGACAGAAAGAAGAGGCCAUGCGGAGGAAGAAGCAGCAAGAGGAGGAAGAACGAGCAAACCAGAUGAAGUUAUUGGGCAAGAACAAAUCCCGCCCCAAAGUGUCUUUUGCGAUUGGCUUGAAAUGAUAGUUUUUUCUUCUUUUUUGUUUUUUUGUGAAAUUGGUUAAUGGGUGCAUUCAAUUUCACAGUUGUGAAGUGGCUUUUGCAA